UGUUUGCUAGCUGGCUGUGUGGGGCAGGGGUUGGGAAUGGGGGGCCUUGGCCUUUGCCCGGGUCUGUGGUGGAAAUCCCAGCCGGCCAAGUUGAAGUACACCCUGACAGGACGUCUUUACCUUUGAGCUGCAGUAGCUGUGGGUAAUGUCAGGAGCUUAGGUGAUAGAGAAGAGUCGUUGCAGGAUGAGGAGGCCCUGAAUUUUGUUUUAUUACUUUUUCUUUAUUUGUAAUUUUCUUUGGAAGGGAGUUGAAACGGUCUCACUACGCAGUUCAGCCUGGCCUUGAACCCACAGUUGGUCCCUAAAGACGUGUGGGGGACAGGGGGGCAUAGCUCAGUGGUCUGGAGAGCUUUCCUGGCAUACACGAGUCCUGGGUUUAACCCUCAGUACCACUGGAAAAAAAAAAAGAAAGCAUGGGAGUGAGGACUCUUCUCAUGUACUUUUAAAAAGAAUAUACUUAGGCUGCUGUGAUUCAAAGAACAUUCCCUCUUCCUGCUCCACACAGCAGAGGCAGCGUUGCAAAGGCCCUGUGGGGGCUGGGAAGGAAACACAGGGGACACCAGUAGCACCGCCACCCCCCUCCUGCCCUGUGUGUGCACAGGCUCAGAACAGCUCCUCCUGACCGGAAGCUGCCCUGCUGGGAGAGCUGGGUGGCACUGGCCGUGUGUCCCUCUCUCACUUGGGCAGAAGCAAGGACCAGAGGCAGGUCGGGGUCCCUCCUUCUGAGAUGGUAGUGCAGCCCUUGUCUAACAGGUGCCCAGGCCUUUGGAAGAUGCUCACGGUGGCCGUGUGCGUGGCUCUCGUGGGCUGCCUGCAGGCCCAGGAGCUCCGGGGACACGUCUCCAUCAUCCUGCUGGGAGCAACUGGGGACCUGGCCAAGAAGUACUUGUGGCAGGGACUGUUCCAGCUCUACCUGGAUGAGGUGGGGAAGGACCACAGUUUUAGCUUCCACGGGGCUGCUCUGACAGCACCUGAGCGAGGCCGGGAGCUCAUGGCCAAGGCCCUGGAAUCCCUCUCCUGCCCCGGCGACAUGGCACCCAGUCACUGUGCUGAACUCAAGGACCAGUUCCUGCGGCUGAGCCAGUACCGCCAGCUGAAGACAGCUGAGGACUAUCGGACCCUGAGCAAGGACAUUGAGGCACAGCUCAGGCAAGAGGACCUCCGGGAGGCUGGCAGGAUUUUCUACUUCUCUGUGCCACCCUUCGCCUAUGCCGACAUUGCCCGCAGCAUCAACAGCAGCUGUCGGCCGGGCCCGGGUGCCUGGCUGCGGGUUGUCUUUGAGAAGCCCUUUGGCCAUGACCACCUCUCUGCCCAGCAGCUGGCCACUGAACUCGGGAGCUUUUUCCAGGAGGAAGAGAUGUACCGCGUGGACCAUUACCUGGGCAAGCAGGCUGUGGCUCAGAUCCUGCCCUUUCGAGACCAGAACCGCAGGGCCCUGGACGGCCUCUGGAACCGGCACCACGUGGAGCGGGUGGAGAUCAUCAUGAAGGAGACUGUGGACGCGGAAGGUCGCAUCAGCUUCUACGAGGAGUACGGCGUCAUCCGGGACAUCCUGCAGAACCACCUGACCGAGAUCCUCACGCUGGUGGCCAUGGAGCUGCCCCUCAACGUCAGCAGCUCGGCGGCUGUGCUGCAGCACAAGCUCCAGACCUUCCGCAGCCUGCGGGGCCUGCACAAGGGCAGUGCCGUGAUGGGCCAGUACCAGGCCUACAGCUCACAGGCGCGCAGGGAGCUGCAGAAGCCCGAGGGCUUCUACAGCCUGACGCCCACCUUCGCAGGCGUCCUCGUGCACGUGGACAACCUGCGCUGGGAGGGUGUGCCCUUCACCCUGGUGUCUGGCAAGGCCCUGGACGAGAGAGUGGGCUACGUGCGAGUCCUGUUCAAAAACCAGGCGUUCUGCGUCCAGCAUGAGAGGCACUGGGCCCCAGAGCAGAGCCCGUGUCUACCCCGGCAGAUCAUCUUCCACAUCGGACACGGCGAGCUGGGCCACCCCGCUGUCCUGGUCAGCCGGAACCUUUUCAGGCCCUCACUACCCGCACACAGCUGGACAGAAGUGCAGGGACGGCCGGGGCUCCAGGUGUUUGGCCGGCCGCUGUCUGAUUUCUAUGCCUACAGCCCCGUGAGGGAGCGGGACGCCUAUUCCAUCCUCCUGUCCCACAUUUUCCAUGGCCGGAAGGAGUCCUUCAUCACCACAGAGAACUUGCUGGCCUCCUGGAUCUUCUGGACCCCGUUGCUGGACAGCCUGGCCCAUGAGGUCCCGCGCCUCUACCCGGGGGGAGCGGACACUGGCAGCCUGCUGGACCUGGAGUUCAAUGGCGGCCACCUCUCUUUCUCCCAGCAUCAGCCUGAGCAGCUGUUUCCACGGCCAGGUUUGGCCCUGAAGCCCAGCGACUUCCAGGUCCUCGGGGCCAGGUAUCGGGAGAGCCCACUGGUCUCAGCCUGGCCCGAGGAGCUGAUCUCCAGGCUGGCCAGCGACAUUGAGGCCACCGCCCUGCAGGCCGUACGACGCUUUGGCAAGUUCCACCUGGCGCUGUCCGGCGGCUCCAGCCCCAUCGCCCUGUUCCAGCAGCUGGCCACAGGCCACUACGGCUUCCCCUGGGCCCAUACUCACCUCUGGCUGGUGGACGAGCGCUGCGUCCCGCUAUCAGACCCCGACUCCAACUUCCAGGGCCUGCAGGCUCACCUGCUGCAGCACGUCCGUGUGCCCUACUACAACAUCCACCCCAUGCCCGUGCACCUGCGCCAGCGGCUAUGCGCAGAAGAGGACCAGGGCGCCCAGACCUAUGCCAGGGAGAUCUCGGCCCUGGUAGCCAACAGCAGCUUUGACCUGGUGCUGCUGGGCAUGGGCACAGAUGGGCACACUGCCUCUCUCUUCCCGCAGUCGCCCGCCGGCCUGGACGGCGAGCAGCUGGUGGUGCUGACGCACAGCCCCCUCAGGCCGCACCAGCGCAUGAGCCUCAGCCUGCCGCUCAUCAACAGGGCCAAGAAGGUGGCCGUCCUGGUCAUGGGCAGGACAAAGCGUGAGAUCACCAUGCUGGUGAGCCGUGUGGGCCACGAGCCCAAGAAGUGGCCCAUCUCGGGCGUGCUGCCAAGCUCCGGCCAGCUGGUCUGGUACAUGGACUACGAGGCCUUCCUGGGGUGAUGGGCAUCCUUGGCCCGCUCGCCCUGGGUUUCUCGAACCUGCCGCCCUCCCUCCUAGUGCCCCACCUGCCUUCUCGUGCCCCCUCCCCGUGUCCCUGCUCUCUGGACACUGAGAUGAGGCCCCAGAGAGGAGGGGACGAAGCCCAGGCCCAGUCCCUGGGACGGUCGCCCCUGCGGGGUGCUGGUGGGAAGGCACAGGAAUGGAGGCAUGGAGUCCUGCUCUUGGGAAAUCUCACUCGGGUCUGGAGAGAAGCUCAAGACGCACCCGCGGGAUCCGCCAACGGGCUGGGGUGCAGCUCAGUGGAAGAGCCCUUGCCUGGCACGCGUGGGGCCCUGGGUGCCAUCCCCAGCACCGCCAAAACAUAAAAAUUGGUAAAAGGAACAAGGAUGAGAAGGCCCCACGUUCAGAAGCAGGAGCAUGGGGGCUGGGGUUGAUGGGGGAAGUGGCCUGGGAGAGGCUGGCCUGGAACUGUCCCAGUGGAGAAGAGUGCAGUGCCCAUGCCCACCCUGAGCUGCUCAGCCCCCUUCCCCUGCCGCCCCAGGUCAGCUCCGCACACCGCCUGCCCUCUGCUCCUUUCCCCGGAGCCUCUACCUGUCUGCCCCUGGUGCUCUGGGUUUCCUGUCCCUUCUGACCCCCAGCCAGUCCUUCUGCAGAGAGGUAAGUGAGAGGCCAGGGGAGGCACCCUGAGACAUCAGGCUGACAUCAGGGUCUCCUUUUCUCCGUCGAGAGCCUUGCGGUCUGGGGCAGGGGCCUGGCUCCCCGGCUUCUCCACUGCUCCUCCUCGUGGAGGGUCUCACUCCGGGAAAUACAGGGUGCACAAAAUCAGGGCAUCCUGGGACCCCAGACGCCAGAGAGUGAUUACAUCUUGGGGCUGCUCGGCAUGGCCACUGGUUUUAGCAGCAGGCUCUGCUAGAGUCAUCCUCUGAUGGGGACACUGUGACGUCAUGUGACUGCAGGCCUUCGGGUAGCUCUGACCCACGGGACAGUCAGGCCCCUGCUAGGUGGCCUCAGCUCUCGGCCCGGUCUGGGGCUCAGGUGGGCGACAGGGACAGAGCGCGGCCAAUCCUCCUCCACCGCCUGGGCAGCCCGGGCCUCGAGCUGGUGACUUCCGGCUGCAGGUCCCUCCAGCCCCCUCCCUCGUCCCUGCCUGAGACCCCAGGGGAGGAGGCAGCAGCCUCUCUGUCGCCCUGGAUGGGUCCCCUGCUCCCUGGAAGCUGUGGGCCAGCAUCGCCUAUUUUUCUGAAUCCCCCAAAAGAAGCUCUGAAAUUCUUUUUAAGGAAGCCAACAACAAAAAGCACAACUCCGAAGAGCCAGGGCUUGGAAUGGUCAAGCCAGGUCUGUGUGUGACUGUCCCCUGGCCUGUGUACCGCUGCACAGUCCCAGCGUCUUGUGGAGUUUUCAUUUGGAGAGGAGCUUUUAGAUGGUUUAUACUUUCUUCCAGGCCAUGCACUGAAACCAGUUCUCCCUUUUCCUUGGCAAUGUGUGUGUGUGGUGGGGGGAGCUAGCCGGGGCUCCCUAUGAAAGGCAGCCUUGUUCAUAGCCUGCUUACUCUGGACCCCAGCAACCGGAGUCACAGGGCCUCUACCAAGAAAGCUUCCCCGGCAGAACUGAACCCCAGGCCCAGGUGGUGAGGAGACACAGGUGGGUGCCAGGGAAGUUCCGUCUCUGGCCACCUGGGGGCGCCCAUACACUGCCAUCGGACCAGCUGUUAGGUAGCCCCCUUGCCCAUCUGCCCUUUAGGGAUACAUCUCUGUGGUAGCAAUGCCAGGGUCGCUGUGGAAAGGAGGGAGAACAGGCACUGUGUCACCUACCAUUUCUGAAUAAUACUGAUUCACUGCCCGGCCUGAGCCUCGGGUGUCCCGUUCUUAAGCGGAGGACCCUUGGUCCUUCUCCACCACGGGUUGGGACGAGAAGGCCGGGAACCAGGACCAACCCACGGGUGCCGUGUGGACCUUGCGGACCAUGAUCUGCAAGAACCACGCUGCACACCACCAGUCAGGCACAUCUGUGCGUGAGUUUGCAUCUUCAGCAAGUUUCACAAAGGGAGUUCUUCCUCCUCACGCCUGGGGUACCCUUGAUGUUCUAUUUUUUCAUUUUAAAAAAUGCUAUUUGCAACCCACUGAAGUGAGCUGGUGCAGAGUUUGAGAGAUAACACCCCUUGUCCGGCUUUCUACCUGGUCCAGCUGCCCGAGGAAGGCUCCAGGCCACGGCGGGGACAGAUACAGCCUCUGCCUCCAGCCCGGGCAGGAGCACCCCAUCUGUGCACCACAACAAGUGGCAGCCGGCCCUCUUCUGGGGGACCUGGCCCAUGAGCACCCCCGGGGCGGCAUGUUAUCCCCAGCUGUGGUGGGGGAGAAUCGAGCUAGAUUCUGAUGUUGGAUCUGGGGCAAAUGUUUCUGUCACCUGCAGGUAAAACAGUCUCACCUUGUUGGUUUCCCCCACUUUUUGCUGCGCUGCAGGAAGCAUUGUUUUUCCGCUAGGGCCCCAAAUUGGUACGGUGUAAUGAGAACUUCCUACUGACUGGACCAGUGCUUCCUCCACUUGGGACUGUCCCUCCGG